CCCUUCUCCUAGUCAGCUCAUUUGUUUCUGCGGCUACCACUCUCCGUCCCCGACAUAUCGUUGCCAAUGCAGAUGCUGCCGUCUCAUGUCUACGACCGACCGGCCUUCACCUCGUCCCCGAACAAGCGACAACAAACUGUACCAAGCGUGCCUUGAUCUCUGCAUUAAGGGCAUCGGGCAGCUCAAGGUCAGCAAGCGGGUCGAGCGAGCAACGUCCGCCGCCCACACCGACAACAACGACAACACGCACGUCACCCGCGCAGCCGCCUCUCGGCCACUUCCCGCCUCAUCCGCGACAGAGCAACAACAAUCUGUCCCUAUCCCCCCACCGCUACCUUCUCCGCCACCGUCCCCGCCGGCUUCGCCCGCAGCUUUUGGCAUGGAUCGCUCGUUGUUGCACGGCGCUCCACCGCGAGGACCUUCGGGCUCUCCAUCGGGCUUUCGCCCCUCCGGCUAUGGCUCCCAGGAUGCGAGGAGCAACCUGGCUGUCCAGCCUGCUGCUACCCCGACCAAGAUCAACCUCAAGAAGGCGGCCGUCAAGGUUGUGCGGCCCGCUGAGGUUGCGCGACCCGCUGGCCCUGCUCCCGCUGCGUCUAUUACGGGACCGGUCAGGUCAGCACCCAAGGUUGAAGACGGGCACGAGUCACUAAAGCCAGCCCCAAAGGCAGAUGCAAAAGCAGUCCCUGCAAAGGCUAAACCCGCCGCGCCGAACGACAACGCUGAGUCAGCUAUCGACUCCAUCUUCACUCGGCUCAUGUCUCCUAGCCCUGCACCAUCGCCGGCGGCCACGCCUACCCCAAUGCCAGUUGGCCACCAUCGAACCGCAGGACCAUCGUCGCCGGUCACGACUACUACAACGCCGGAUGGUCGUGGUCGAGCCGCAGCUGGCCCAGACAAGUCCUUCUUCUCGUUUGAAGACGAACCGACCAACAAUCUGCAGACUCAGUUCCUCAAGAACUAUGUGGCCAAUAUCGGUAGGGAGGAACCAAAAACCAGGAGUCUCGCCCCUGCAUCAGCAACGCCACCCGUGGUCGAAGUCGAAGGUGCUGAAGAACUCAAGAUGCCUUCCAAUGCCACGGUGGAGCCCAAGGCAGCGGUUAACCCAUGUGAGGGCAUGUCUAAGGAAGACCUCGAGCGUCGUUAUCUCCAGAAGGCAGCGGAGUACCUCACCUCGGUGCCCAUCGAUGGGAAGGCGAUCACAGCUGAUCUUGUCAAGAACGUGAUGAUAAAGCUGCGCCAUUCAUACUCGGCAACGACAAAGCCUGACGCGGAAGCUAUUGAUGAUCUCAAGUCAAAGUACUUAGGUGCGGUUGUCAGCUACAUCAAUGGACUCGGCAAGCGAGGCGCGACGCCCAUCACGGCCGAUUUCAUCGAGCAGAAUCUAGAGACGAACGACGGGGACUUUCUGCAUCUCUGUGCCACGCUGGUGGACGAAAAGGUGCUCGUUAUAGAGAAUCUUGACGAGGUCGCUAGGCUCUGCGAGGCCAUUAUGGGUGUCCUUCCGAACGAGGAGGCUAAGGCGGCAACUGCCUCUCCAGAGACCAAACUAAUCUCAAAUGAUCCAAUGGACAAAAUGACUGCUUGGCCAACACAGGAGAAGCGCGAGAAUGCCGCUGCAUGCCGCACCUGCGUGCUCAAGGGCGUCUCGGGUAUCACGAGCCUCAACCAACUACAGGCACUCGUUUGGGGUGGCAGGCUCGAAUCUAUUUCACUCCCAGAACCGGGAUCCGGGUUCGCCCUCGUUAAGUUCCUUACGCCUGAAGCGUGCCAGAAAUACUUCAAGGCUACCGAGAACGGUAUCGAGAUCUCUGGUGAGAAGAAGGCGGUCAUCUUCGUGGAGAAGCAGCCAGGUCCGAACUCGAUCAACGACGUCAUACGCAAUUGCAUCGAAGGCGACGCGUCGCGCUGCGUGCGUGCCUAUGACGCGGAUGAGGACUGGAGUGACAUGGCCUUGUUGAAGCUUGCCCGUGGAAAGGGCCAGUUGAAGCGAGAAGUCGACCGCAUCAAGCGAGGCAAGACUGCGAAAGGCCGAUACUACAUCGAGUUCCGAUUCGCUAGCAUCUACCAUGCUCUCAACUUCAAGCGCGCCUUAAUGGACGACGAGGACUGGGAGCACUGCACCAUCGGAUAUGCUCCAGACCCGUGCGAGACCGCUAGCGGCGUUCACUUCAAGGACGAGGACGAGGAAGGUGGUGGCUUCUUUGCUUAAAUCACCGUGGCCUCGUGCUAGUCUAGGAUUCAAAACAAGGAGGGCGCUAUCGUGGUGUAUGUCUCGGGCGAUCUUGAUUCGUAGGCUUCGAUAUGAGGUCAUGGCAUAUCAUGUCUUUAACGUCACAUGAUGGAGCGAAGAAAGGUCAUGACUUUCUGGAUGUAAUUACCUGAUCCUAUCGAAAGACUUGAUACCUCACAG